UCCAUGACAUUUUGAUCUUAUAAAUCCAAACAAUUUUUCAAAUUAUCUUUCGAAGUUCAGAUGUCAAACAAACGUCGCGCACCGGUCGCUGUUAAUAACGCAACAGAAACAAAGCCACCACACAAUACUAUGUCGAACGGUCCCAUCAAUGGAAUUAAAGUUGAUGAUCCUCCUAAGUUAUUCAAAGUAACUGCCAAUGAUGGAAAAACGGCAGAAGAAUUCGAAUUAGCUUAUACAGUCACAAAAGUAGUCGGAAAUGGAUCUUUUGGUGUUGUAUAUCAAGCAAAACUAAUUAAAUCUGGCGAAGAAGUUGCUAUCAAAAAAGUACUUCAGGAUAAACGAUUUAAGAAUCGUGAACUCCAAAUUAUGAAAUUGGUAUCGCAUCCAAAUAUAGUGUAUUUGAAGUCCUUUUUCUAUUCUAAUGGUGAAAAGAAAGACGAAGUUUACCUUAACCUUGUACUUGAAUACGUUCCUGAAACCGUUUAUAGAGCAUCACGUUCGUAUGCUAAAAACAAACAAAUAAUGCCUAUGCUUCUCAUAAAACUUUAUAUGUACCAACUUUUCCGGUCACUUGCCUAUAUCCAUUCUCUUGGCAUCUGUCAUCGUGACAUUAAACCACAAAAUUUGUUACUGAAUCCGGCCACGGGCGUAUUAAAAUUAUGUGACUUCGGCAGUGCAAAAAUUUUAGUAGCUGGUGAACCAAAUGUCUCAUAUAUUUGUUCAAGAUAUUAUAGAGCGCCCGAGUUGAUCUUUGGCGCAACAAAUUACACAACGAAUAUUGAUGUUUGGUCAACAGGGUGUGUUAUGGCAGAAUUAAUGCUUGGACAUCCUUUAUUCCCCGGAGAAAGUGGAAUUGACCAAUUAGUUGAAAUCAUUAAAGUUUUGGGAACGCCGACAAGGGAGCAAAUCAAAACCAUGAAUCCAAAUUAUAUGGAACAUAAAUUCCCUCAAAUCAAGCCUCAUCCAUUCUCAAAGGUUUUCAGAGCCAGAACGCCUCCUGAAGCAAUCGAUCUUAUAUCCCGUCUAUUGGAAUAUACACCAGCAAACCGACUAACAGCAAUUCAAGCAAUGUGCCAUCCAUUUUUCGAUGAACUACGAAAUCCAGAAACAAGACUUCCAAAUGGGAGGGAAUUACCUAAGCUCUUUGAUUUCACAGCACAAGAACUAUCUAUCCGUGAAGAUUUAAUUUCCCAACUUGUACCUCCUCAUGCUGAGGAGGAAAUCCUUUCUCGCGGAAUUGAUAUUCAUAAUUUCACUCCGUUGACAGAGUCUCAAAUGCGUGCAUCUUUGGAUUAAAAAUAAAUAAUGACUUUAGACUUUAAAUA